AGUGUUUUUCCUGGUUGGUCGUUCCUUACAUAGAUUUAAGAUUAGACUUUAGAGCUGUUACAGCUGUGUGUAGAUAGUAAUGAAGAUCCAGUGCGACGUUUGUAACAGAGAAGAGGCCUCUGUUUUCUGCUCCGCCGACGAAGCUGCUCUCUGUCAUGGCUGCGACCACCGUGUCCACCACGCCAACAAGCUCGCUGGCAAACACCACCGCUUUCCCCUUCUCAAUCCUUCUUCAAAAGACGCCCCUCGUUGCGACAUAUGCCAGGAGAAACGUGCUUUUCUCUUCUGCCGAGAGGAUAGAGCAAUUCUCUGCAGAGACUGCGACCUACCCAUUCACACGGCUAAUGAAUACACCACCAAGCACCACAGGUUCCUCCUUACCGGCGUUAAGCUCUCUUCCUCCCCUUCCUCCUCAUCAACCACCACCACUGACAGUACGGUCUGCUUAUCGUCCAACGGGAGCUCUGAUGCCGCUGCUCCUGCUAAAAUGAAUCCUUCCCAAUCCCAGCUGCCCAAGAAAAAGAAACCCAACUCUGUUUCUGAACCGCUACCAUUAAUUGUCCACACUAAUACCUCCAAAGUCGUCGAAGAUGUUUCUGCAAGUCAAGGAGGUUCUACCAGUAGCAUAUCGGAGUACCUGAUGGAGAUGUUGCCGGGCUGGCAGGUCGACGACCUUCUCGACUCCUCUACUCCUGGUUUCUGCAAGACUGAUUACUUACAGCCGUUUCAUCUCGAAAGCAACCUGAACUUCUCUUCUGAAGAUUUUGGGAUCUGGGUACCUCAAGUUCCUCAAGCCCCUCGUAUUUCCAGCUACAGCAACAUCGGUUUGUACAACGGUUUCAAGAUGUCGAAUCAGGCAGGCAGCAAUCUCACUCUUAAGGAUAACAAGCGAAGGAAAGAUGAUGUUUUAACAGUUCCUCAAAUCAGCCCUCCAUAGUCUAUCCUGAUCGAAGCCUUUUUUUUUUUGUUGGUAAACCUCAAAUCCCAGUCGAAGUCUCUCUCUUUUUUUUUUUUUCUUGUUUUUUGUCCUCCUCGAUAACCUUCUGUGCGCGCUCCAAUCAAAUCUGUUUUUGGGUUUGUUUAGUUAUUUUCCCCUGACCACUCCCAUCGACCUUGUAGAUAUUAAGUCCUCGGACCAUUCGUUUCUUUUUUUUU